AUGGCUUCCCAAGAGGAAACACAAGCUCAGCCCUUUGCAGACUUCUUUGAUGAAGAUGAAGCUGAACAAUCUUUCCUGUUGUCCAAGCCCACUUGCUUAAUUAUACUUGGAAAGCCAGGUUCUGGAAAGAAAACCUUAGCUAGAAAACUAGCACAAGAAUGGAAAUGGAUUUUCAUAGAAGCUUCAGAAGUAAUUCAAACCAAUAUUAAAGAAGAAACAGAAUAUGGGCUUAAGUGUCAAGAAUUGCUUCUUCAAGGUCAAAGUAUUUCUGAAGAACUGGUCACAGAAAUGAUUCUGAAAAAGCUUGAGUCACCAGAAGUUGCUCAUUUUGGUUAUAUUCUCAGUGGAUUUCCUUCUCUCUCAGAGGAAUACAUGACUAUUCCACAGCAAAUAGAGAAAAUUAAAAACCUAAAGUUAAAACCAGAUUUUCUGAUUAACAUUAAGUGUCCAGACUAUGACUUAUGCCAAAGAAUAUCAGGACAAAGGCAACACCCUGUUACAGGGCAUGUAUAUCAAAGGGAGCAGUGGGAUCCUGACUUUAUUGAAAAGCAUAAGAAAAAGAAAAGUCAGGAUGAAGAAGAGAAUGAAGAGGAAGAGGAAGAGCAGGAAGAAGAAGAAGAAGACGAAGAAGAGACUGAAGAAGACCCACUUAAGAUGUCAGGAUUUUUGCAACAAUUAGUGCAGAGGCCUGAAGAUAUUCUUGAAAAUGCAGAGGAAAGAGUUGAAAUGUAUAAGGAUAGAAUGCUUCAUCCUUUAGAAGUCUGGAUGGCUGAGCAGGAUCGUGAAUAUCUCAUUGAACUGGAUGGAAAUCAGCCACUAGAUGAUCUCUUUUCAUCACUGGUAACUCAGCUUCAAUCUCUGGGGGUUCAAAGUGGAGCUCCUGUCACUGUACUUCAAAAUGAAGAAGAGGAAAUGCUGGAGGGACUGGAAGAUGAUGAACUUUUCCGGGCUCUGUCAUCUUGCAAACUAAUAGCGCCCCGGUACCGGUGGCGGAGAAGCAGGUGGGGGAUGGCAUGUCCUGUGGCUCUGAAGGCAGGUGAUAUUGUCAUGGGAAACCCAAGCAUGGCUGUCAGUUUUCUAGGUAGGAUGUACCUCCUGUCGUCCCCAGAGGCGAUGAAAACAUUUCUGUUGAAUCCACGGCCUUACUUGUUAUCACCAAUGCCAGUUCCUCCUUGUAAAGUACUGGUAUUUGGUCCUCCCUUCUCUGGAAGAACAACCAUUUGUAACCUAAUUGCACAGAAGUAUAAAGGAGAGGUUCUUGAUAUGGCCAAACUCAUCCAAUCCCACAUGGAAGAAUUAAAAGAAAAGAACAUUGAGACAGUGCAAAAGGAUGCAGCAGAAAAGGCCUUAACAACAGUGAAAAAUGGGCUGGAAUUGGAGAAACAGUCAAAGGAAUCAGGAGAAUUUCAAGAAGAUGCCAGAGGAGCAGAUGAUUCUGAAAACUCCACAAAAACCAGAGAAGGACCAGAUGUGGAAGAGGGAACUACUGUAGAAUCUGCCAUCACCCAAAAAGAAGGGUCAGAGACCACUGCUGACCACCCAGAAGUACAAGGAGCAUCAGAAGAAGCCAUGGAAAGUGCAUCAGUCUCUGGACCAACACUGUCCCCUGAGCUCUGUGCAGAGGUUCUGGAGAGAGCCAUUGCAAAGCUCAUGAAGAAGAACAAAGACAGGUUUCCUGGUGCUCCAGAAAAAGGAGGAUGGGUGGUGGAUAAUUACCCUCUCUCAGUAGAACACUGGUCAGCUUUAACAGAAAAAGGACUUUCACCAGACACUGUUGUCUGUCUGAAGGACACAGAGAAUGAUGGAGUCUAUACAAUACGCAGAACAUACUUAGCAACUGGGGAUAAAAUUAAUUCUAAGACUUUGAGAAGACUAACCCAUGCAGCAUUAGAAGUGAAAGCUGAAGAUUAUGAAAAAGAACAAGAACAAGAAGAAAAAGAAAGAAAAGAAAUGCAAGAAAUACCAACAGCAGAGGAAGAUCAGUCUCCAGAGACUGCUGAGAAGAAAGAAUCUGAGGACAACAAUGAGCAGCUUCCACCUGAAACUCAGGAGGUGUCCCAGAAACAAUCCAGUGGCUCUGCAGAUAAUGGAGAAGAAUCUAAACCUACAGAAGCCAUGCCACGUGAGUUUGCAGAGGAUGAUUUACAAGAUCUACCAGAAGUGGAAGCAAUUAAAAAGAAGAUUGAGGAUUUCUUGGAAAACUGGGAAACAGUGGAGUCAGAAAUCAGAAAGUCAUCUCUAAUUCAAGUUGUUGUUUUAGAGAUUGCUGAGCAAACUCCAGAAAGUCUGCUUAACCAAGUUGUGCUGGUGAUGGAAAAACCUUUUAAAUACUAUGGUUGGGAACUAUCUGCUGAAGACUUGGAUGAAGAAGCAGAAGAUCUGGCUGCUGAAGCAGAAGAUAAGGAAGAGGAAGAUGAAGAAGAAGAGGAAGAAGAAGAAGAAGCUCCUCCUUUACGGGUGUUCUUCCUUGGGACACACGGAGCAGGUAAAACUACUUGUGCACGAAGGAUAGCAGAGAAAUUAGGCAUUUUCCAUAUUCAGUUUGAAGAAUAUCUACAGCAACUGAUCUUACCCAAAACUAAAAAGAAAGUUGGGCCCCAUCUUGAUGAAGAAUCUGAAGAAGAUGACUAUAAAAUGGAAAUUCUAGCAGACGAACUGGAAGAAUUCCCUCAGACCAUGACUGAACCUGAGUUAGAAGAAAGUGAACAGGAGGUGGAAUUAACUGCUGAGGAAGAAGCAAUCAAAGCAAAUCUGAUGUAUAAUGAGUCACUGCCUCCAGAAGUCCUUGAUAACAUUGUCCCUGACUGGUGGAGGAAAGAGCCAUUCAGGUCCACAGGAUUUAUACUGGAUGGUUUCCCUCGGACUUUAGAUGAAGUCAUGUACUUGUUAGAAAAUGGCCUCUGCCCUGAUGUUGUGGUUCACAUCCAAGUAGAAGAAAGUGACGUUAUUGACCGUCUCGUUCCUCCACGGCUGAAAAAAUGGCAAGAGAGACGCAAGAAGAAAAUGGAACAUAAAAAGAAACUGAAAGACCUGAAAGCAAAAAUAAGGGAAGAGAAGAUGGCUAGAAGAAGGGAAGAACUUUUAGCAGAACAAAAGCAAAAGAAGCAGGAGGAUUUAGAAAAUGAGGGGAAUGAUGAGGCCUCUGAGGAGGGAGAUGGGAAUGAAAAUGAAGAUAUUGAAGCUAUUCUUGCAGAAGAGUUUUUUGAAGAAGAAGAAGAAGAAGAGGCUGAAGAAGAACAAGAGAUUGAAGCUAUUGAACGCAUGCAAAAUGAAACUUCGGAAAAGUAUGACUCAGAAAAAGACAGUUUAGAAUCUGUGCAGGAAGAACUGGAAAAAUGGCUCAUACCACAGAUUGAGAUCAAUGGAGGAAGGAAGCCUCACAUUGUCUGCUACCAAGUGUAUAAGAAGCUGGGUCCUCUGGUGGAAACUCGUGGAAGCAUUUUUGAGAAAUGCUACCCAAUAAGUUUGCCAGUUGCACAGAAGUUGCUUCUUUUCUCAUAUAAAUUUCUCAGUUCCUUUGGUUGGUGGGAUCCAGUCAAGCUAAGUGAAGGAGAGGUAAUCAAGCCCCAGCACAGCCAUGAAAACACAGUCUUCCCUGUCAUCCAUCGACAGUAUAUUUAUUUCUUUUCAAGUAAAGAAAAGGCAGAAACAUUUAUGAAAAAUCCCAUCAAAUAUAUUCGUCAGCCAAAACCUAAACCACCUGUGCCAGUUAGAAUUGCAAUCGUGGGACCUCCAAAAUCUGGAAAGACUACAGUUGCCAAGAAGUUUGCAAGUGUGUACGGGCUCCUGCGCCUGAGCAUGGGGGACGCCAUCCGGCUGGUGCUGAGCAGCCAGCCAGGCACUCAGCUGGCCCUCAGGCUGCAGCAGCACCUCCACAAAGGACUGACUGUGCCUGAUGAACUGGCCAUCCAGGCUCUAGAUGUGGCUAUGAUGAACCACGUGUGUAAUACCACUGGAGUUGUAAUUGAUGGAUAUCCUGUAACAAGAAAACAAGUGAACCUCUUGGAAUCAGCCAGGAUAAUUCCAGUGAAAAUCUUUGAAUUAGAUAUGGAUGCAAAGGAAGUGUUCAGAAGAGCACUGCAGGAUAAGGAAACCACAGACAGACCUCCCUACCCUCAACACGACAGCUCACAGAUUCUAGCUAUUAAAAAUUCCUGCUAUAAAGAGCAAGUUGAAGCCAUCAGGACUUACUAUAAGGAGGAGCAUCAGAACUGGUGUGUGAUCAAUGCCUUUCGGAGCAAGUGGUGGAUGUGGAACAAAGUACAGCAGGAGGUUCAAAAGGUCAUUAAAAAAAUCCAGAUAUACCUGGAGAGAAUAAGAGAAGGGAAAGCAGCUGCCAUUGCUGAUUUAUGCAUCACUCCCCACGAGCUGCAGCAGAGGCUGGGGGAGUUUGGCCACUACUGUCCUGUCAGCCUUGCAGAAAAGGGUGAACUGGUUGACUGCUCCACAACCUUGUCUCUGCAGUUUGCUGCAGAAUUCCGAGGACAUUAUUACAAAAUGGCUUCCCAGGCAGAACUGGAUAAAUUCCUGAGCACACCAGAGGUUUAUGUACCACCACUGGCACCUCACCCUCUCCCACCUGCAGAUAUGCUUCCAAAGAAACUGUCUGAAGAGGAAGGGAAGGCCUUACUCCCUGAAAGUGUUGAAAUGAAGGGAUACUGUCCAGUCACUUACCUAGAUGGAAAACUGAGAUAUGAAGCCUUGGUGACUGGCAACACUAAGUAUGCAGCAAAAUAUCAAGAGAAGAUAUAUAUUUUUGAAAGUGAAGAAAAACUCCAGAAGUUUAUGAGGUUACCAGAGAAGUACUGGAACCUGAAGCUUCCACAUAAACUCCCUCCACCAAAGGAGCCAAAGCUGCUCACUGCACUUCCCAUGCUUGGAUACCUGGAACAGGGAGUAGCAACUGCUCUAAUAAGAGCCCUGACAGAUGUUGGCUGCUUGAAGCCCAAGUAUCCAUUCCUAAGUGUAAGAAAAACUGCUCUGCUCUUUGUGGCCUGGCACUUAAAAGUUUCCAGAGCCCUCCAGAACUUUCUUGAACUAGCACAGAUUUUUGCUAGCACAGCUGAGCUAAGGGAGACCCCUGAAUAA